AUGUCUGCAAUUGCCAUCAGACCAACAAUUGGUAGAAUUACCAAAACUCAUACCGCCAAGUUCAGAUACACCAGAUUCACCCAAUUCUCAUUAUUAGGUGCUUCUGGUUUAACUGCCGCUUUAGCUACUUAUUUUUAUAAUGAAAGACAGCAAAAGAACAGCAACAACAACAAUAACAAUAACAACAAUAACAACGGCGGUAGAAACGUCACCAAAGCUGGAUUUUUAGGUCUCUUAUCAGGUUCCGCAGCUGCCAAUGUUCAUCAAGCCCAAGUUCCAAACGGAAAGGGUUUCAAAGAUUAUCAACAAGUUUAUAACGAUAUUGCAGCCAAAAUUGCUGAAUAUCCAGAAUAUGACGAAAACUCGGGUUUCAAUGCCGUUUUAUUAAGAUUAUCCUGGCACUCGUCUGGUACCUAUGUCAAGGAAAGUAAUUCCUAUGGUUCAUAUGGUGGUACUAUGAUUUACGGUCCUGAAGAAUUAGAUGGUGCUAACAAUGGUUUAGCAAAUGCUAGAUCAUUCUUGCAAGAAUUUGCAGUUAAAUAUCCAUGGAUUUCUCGUGGUGAUUUAUGGACUUUAGCUGGUGUUGCAGGUGUUCAAGAAGCUGGUGGUCCAAAGAUCCCAUGGGGUCCUGGUCGUGUUGACGAUAAUUCUGGUAAGAAUGUUCCUCCAAAUGGUUUGUUACCUGAUGCUUCUAGAGAUGGUAAAUAUGUCAAGGAUCUUUUCGCUCGUAUGGGUUUUAAUGAACAAGAAACUGUUGCCUUACUUGGUGCUCACGUUUUAGGUAGAUGUCAUCCUCAACAUUCUGGUUAUAAAGGUCCUUGGGGUCCUUCCUUUAAUCAAUUCACUAAUGAUUUCUAUGUCAGAUUAUUAGGUGAUUGGCAAGUUAAGAAAUGGGAUGGUCCAAAACAAUAUGAAGACAAGGAAACUGGAGAAUUCAUGAUGUUGCCAACUGAUAUUGCUUUGAAGGAAGAACCAUACUUUAUCAAGUAUGUUAGACAAUACGCAAACGACCAAGAUUUGUUCUUUAAGGAUUUCGCUGAUGCUUAUUCCAGAUUGAUUUCUUUAGGUGUUACAUAUCCUAAAGGAUUCAAGCUUUGGGAAUUCCAAACUUUAGACGAACAAGAAGGUUAUUAA